CUUUUACGUCAGUUCAAAUCAAACUUUCGGACCCUGUUCACCUUUCUGACAUGGGGUCCUCGUUGUCGGAGAUUUCCGAGCUUCCCGGGUCUUCAUCCACAGCUGCCCCCGCGAACCCACCUGCAAAAGCCGCGCCGGACUCCCUCGCACAGGACUCUGCCUUUAAAAACUGCUGGAGCUGUCGCUUGCUGUCUGGGUCUGCGCUCAUGGGGGCGGGCGCCUACGUCUACCUGCUGGCCAGGAGGCCCAUGAAACAGGGAAUCCCGCCCACCCCAGGCGCCAUAGCGCAGAUGGUCUUCGGCAUCAGUAUUGCCUGUUGGGGUGUAGUUGUCCUGGCAGACCCCAGAGGGAAGUCCCACCGAGUUGUUUGAAAGCACCAGCAGUUAACUGCUGCAAGGCAGAAAAAAACAGCAUUGUGGUGGUGGAUGUUCUUGGCAGCCAUGGACAAGCAUGCACUUCCUUAUAGGACAUACUAAGAAGGCUGUGACAACAUGAGCUGCCAUUCUUUGGCAAUGGAUGUUUACGGUUAAGGGACAAAUAAAUCCCCUGGAAGCAAAAAUGGUUCCAUGUCUUGUCCAGGAAGGUUGUGUGUAAUUCAAAUUAUACUGAAAGAUGACAGUUUUAAGAAAUUAUUAAAAUGGAGUAAAUGAUAGGCCAAUAAUGAAAUAAAUU